UGGAACUACACAGGCGUUGUCCUCCGCUGGCCAGAAACCACGUCAUCGGCCACGUGGCACCGGAUGGCGCCGCUGCUGCGGGAGCUGGCGAAGCAGCUCGCCUCGCCGAGUCGCGCUCUCAGCUUGGGUGUCGCGCUGCGCCAGGACAACUUGGGUGCAGACAUGGAGCGCGUCGCCGCCAAGCUCGGCGAGACGUACCUGUUCCUCUUGCCACCCACCGUGGUUAACACUAACCCCCUCGCGCUACGCUACUACAGCCAGAGAACCUUGGCCGCCUUGGGCGAUCUCAACCUACGCUUCUUGAGCCGUAGCCUGCGAGGCCGCCAGUGUUACCUGUUCCCUGCGGACACUUACACUUACCGGAUAAAGCCGCCCGACACGACGCACUCCCUCGGACCGGGCGUCCAAGGUCCCAGGACCAAUCGCGCCGGACGCAUGGCGUACUUCGAGACGUGCCCGAUGGCGGACUCGUACUCGAAGCUGUUCACGGACUACGGCGUCGAGGCGCUCUUCAACGAUUCCUUCCUGGUGUACACGGAACCGCAGUUGCUCGCGCGCUUCGCCGACUACAUGCACCAGUCCCUUUCGGCCACUUGCAUGGGCGUCUGGAACCCGCACAUGGACGACUUCGGCGGCGUGUGUGGUUACGGAGUGUACCCUCUCUGCGGCGCCCUCUUCCGCUACUACAACGACACCCACGAGUAGUGUCCAGUGGGCGCCAGGACAUGAAGGACCAUUGUCAUAUGAUUUUACUUUGAAUACAUGAAUACUUUUUAGUGAACGAUAGGGAUCAUUUAUGCUUACGCCUGGUCAUUGCGGCAUCUACACAUACUUAGCAUACAUGAUAGCGAUGUCUAUUUAUUCCCGAUGAC